GAAUCACUGAGACCAAGUCUGCUGGAGGAGAACUGACACUGAGCUGAAAGAAGAACAGGAGACAGAGCUGCUGUGCCUGAAGAAUGCUGUGGUUUGUGGAGCUGAUCUGUGCUCUGAGCCUGGGAGGGCAUGCUGUGGCAGCACAGAGAGAUGGGGAAAUUAUCAGUCAGAUUAAAAUGACAAACCUCGCCUUGGCUGAAAUUAAAGAGCUGCUCAAACAACAAAUUAAAGAGGUUAUAUACUUAAAAAACACAGUCAUGGAGUGUGAAGCCUGUGGGACGGGAGGUUUCCAGCCUCGUCCUUCCUGUGUGCCAAACCCCUGCCACCCUGGGGUCAAGUGUACCGAGACUCCUCAAGGCAUUGUCUGUGGCCCCUGCCCUGAUGGUAUGGAGGGCAAUGGUACUGAAUGCACAGAUGUGGAUGAGUGCACCGUGAAGCCCUGUCACAUGGGUGUCCGCUGCAUCAACACCUCCCCUGGUUUCCGCUGCGGUUCCUGUCCUGCUGGGUACACUGGACCUCAGGUCCAGGGCGUCGGUCUCACCUACGCCUCUGCUAACAAACAGGUGUGCAAGGAUAUUAAUGAGUGUGAAGGUCUCAACAAUGGAGGCUGUGUGAAGAACUCUGUAUGCCUGAACACCCCGGGUUCGUUCAGGUGUGGUGGCUGUAAGCCUGGCUACAUUGGGGAUCAGCGAAGUGGCUGCAGACCGGAGAGAAUGUGUGGGGACGGCCAACCCAGCCCCUGCCACGAGAAGGCAGAGUGCAUUGUUCAUCGAGACGGGACUCUGGAGUGUCGGUGUGGCGUCGGAUGGGCUGGAAAUGGUUACCUCUGUGGUCCUGACACUGACAUUGAUGGUUUCCCUGAUGAGAAAGUCAGCUGUCCUGAGCUGAACUGCAACAAAGACAACUGUCUUACUGUGCCCAACUCCGGCCAAGAGGAUGCUGACAGAGAUGGUAUUGGAGAUGCUUGUGAUGAUGAUGCCGAUGGGGAUGGGAUCCUAAACGUACAGGAUAAUUGUGUGCUGGUCCCCAAUGUGGACCAGAGGAACAUUGAUGAGGACGACCUGGGCGACGCCUGCGACAACUGUCCCGCUGUCAAAAACAAUGAUCAGAAAGACACAGAUCUGGACAAACUUGGGGAUGAAUGUGAUGAUGAUAUUGAUGGUGAUGGCAUCCCUAACCACCUGGAUAACUGCAAAAAAGUUCCCAACCAAGACCAGAUCGAUCGAGAUGGAGACAAGGUUGGAGACUCCUGUGACAGCUGUCCUUAUGUUCCCAACCCAGAUCAGAUGGAUGCAGACAACGACCUGAUUGGAGACCCCUGUGACACCAACAAGGACAGUGAUGGCGACGGUCACCAAGAUUCCCGGGACAACUGCCCAGCUGUCAUCAACAGCUCCCAGUUGGACACUGACAAAGACGGAAAGGGAGACGAGUGCGACGAUGACGACGACAACGACGGCAUCCCAGACCUGCUGCCACCGGGCCCUGACAACUGCCGGCUGAUCCCCAACCCUCUGCAGGAGGACUUGAAUGGUGAUGGUGUGGGGGAUAUCUGUGAGAAGGACUUUGACAACGACACCCUGGUAGACCCCAUUGAUGUUUGUCCUGAAAACGCUGAGGUCACCCUCACCGACUUCAGAGAGUACCAGACGGUUGUUUUAGACCCCGAGGGAGAUGCACAGAUUGACCCUAACUGGGUGGUGCUGAAUCAGGGAAGAGAAAUAGUCCAGACCAUGAACAGUGACCCUGGAUUGGCAGUCGGUUACACAGCUUUCAGCGGUGUGGAUUUUGAAGGAACCUUCCACGUGAAUACGGUAACAGACGACGACUACGCUGGUUUCAUCUUCGGCUACCAGGACAGCUCCAGCUUCUACGUGGUGAUGUGGAAGCAGGUGGAGCAGAUCUACUGGCAGGCCAACCCCUUCAGAGCUGUGGCCCAACCAGGGAUCCAGCUAAAGGCGGUGAAGUCAAACACAGGUCCAGGUGAGAACCUGAGGAACGCCCUGUGGCACACCGGUGACACCUCUGAUCAGGUGAAGCUUCUGUGGAAAGAUGCUCGUAACGUUGGCUGGAAAGACAAGACUUCAUACCGCUGGUUUCUCCAACACCGGCCAGCUGACGGCUACAUCAGAGUUCGCUUCUACGAGGGCCCUGAGAUGGUGGCUGACACAGGGGUCAUCAUAGACGCCACGAUGAGAGGAGGCCGUCUGGGAGUCUUCUGUUUCUCCCAGGAGAACAUCAUCUGGGCCAAUCUGCGCUACCGUUGCAACGACACUCUUCCUGGGGAUUUUGAUGCCUACAGAGCUCAGCAGUUGCAGCCGACAGCCUGAUGAAUGAAUCAGCAUACAUUUAAAAUCCUCAUCUGAUUUGUUCCAGGGUUUUUUUUGCAGCAGUUUUUUCAUCGAAAACUUAAAGUGGGGCAGCACUGACAAAUUUUUUUUCCUUACUGUGAAUAAAAAAUAUGCUCAGCUCCCAAA